CCGCCGCACUCUGACCGCCCGCUCACACACACACUCGCUCUCUCUCUCGCUCUCGGUGCCACACAAGCGAGUGACAAGGCUCAUCAUACCGAGGGAGCCCGUUGCCGCGGCUGCGCCAUGGAGACAGCGCAGGAAAGAGAGCUGCCGCAGCUGCCGCUGCAGCUGCAGGGGUGGCCUUUCCACGCCAUGCCGCCCAGCUUCGACGCCGGCAGCGGCGCCUACAGCAGCGGCGGCAGCAGCAGCAUGAGCAGCGAUUCCUUCCUGCUCGGGUGGGAGCCGCCGUUCGGCGGCUGCUUCGGCCUCGCCGACGCGCAGCUCCACGACCUCUUCCCCCUCUGCAUGAUGGAGCCGCUCCCGCUGUCGCCGGCCGCGACGUCCACGGCGGCGGACCUCCCAUCGGAGCAGCAGGUCCCGGCGCCGGCGGCAAUGUCCAACGGGGAGCUCGGCGACCUCCUGCUGAAUUUCUGGGACGCCGGUGAUGCCAGCGACCGGCCGGUCGCAAUCAAUUCAGGCUGCGUGGCACCGCAGCACGAGAAGAGCAGCCAGAGCAGCGCUGCCACGGCCACGAACUCUUUCCUCUAUGAUGAGGACGAUCUUUUGGGCUCCAUUUUCUCCAAGAGGCCCACCUUGGCAGAAGAACCACCCGUGCUCCUCCUCGCCCCGGCGGAGGCGGAGCCCCUCCUCAGCGCCUCCUCCUCCUCCAGCUGCCACGCGGACCCACCUGCCAGCGACGCCGGCGGGGCCCGGGCGCAGGGCACCACCACCGAGCCAAGUGGCGCGCGGGCCCCGCCCCUCCCUCGCUGCUCCUCCUCGUCGUUGAAACGCGCGACACCGGAAGCAGCAUCGGACUCGGCGGAGGCGGAGUGCAGCCAGAGCGGCGGCAAGCGGCGGAAGGUGUCGGCGAGCGUGCUGUGCCCGUUCGCCGUGCUGAAGCCCGACGGGCUGGACGGCGGCGCGACGCUGGCGGACAUCAACGCGCGCAUCCUCAUGCGGCCGGCGCGGCCCGUGCGGCACCCCGUCGGCGAGUACGCGUGCGCGCCGCGCGUGCUGGCGGCCGACGCGCCGGGCAUCUCGGGCAGGGCCGUCUCGGGGUUCACGAGGCUGCACACCCCCGGCCGCGGCACCAUCACCAUCAUGAGGACGCGAGGCUAAUGCAUCCAUCAUUGCAAGCCCUGUCCGCUGCGCCCAUGGACGACGAUGAUGAUGGCGUACUCCGUGUAGAUUAGCCCGGCUCAAUCAGUGCAUGGCUAGCUAGAUAGACGCUCGAUCGCUAGCCAGUGCUACGUAGCAGUGCCUCCGAGUCCCGAUGCCGUGUAAUUAUAUGCUCGAUUACAUAAGGAGUGAGUGAGUGAAUGAAUAAAAAUCCUUCCAUUUCUCUUC